CAAACCAAACGUAUUCCUCAUCAAAUCAAUACAAAGAAGGCUCUUCUUCAUCUCUUGCAAUCAGUCAGUGAUCAAGAGAGGGAGUGUGUGAGUGUGCGCGCGUGUGUGAGAGAGAGAUGGCUGAAUUCGUUGUUUCAACUGUAGCAACCAAGCUUUCGGAGAUGGCCACACAAGAGUUGAUGUUGUUGCAUGGUGUGAGUGAUGAGGUGGAGUGGAUGGAAAGAGAGCUCUGUUGGAUUAAAUGUUUUCUCAAGGACGCUAAUGCAAGAGGAAAGAAGGAUGAAAGGUUGAAGAAAUGGGUGAAUGAUGUGACAGAAUUAGCUUACCGAGCAGAAGCAGCCAUUGAGAGUUUCCUCAUCAAGGUUCGCCCGUGCAAAGGUGGCCCAACUUGGAUCAACAGCUUUAAACCAAAGGCAUUAAUAGCAAGGCAUAAUGUUGGCGUGGAGAUCAGGGAAAUUAAAAAACGGCUUGAUGAGAUCAAGGCUGCCAGAGAGACCUAUGGGAUUCAAAACUUGGGUAAUGAUGGAGAUGCUUCCAACUCAAUAUCCAUAAUAAUAAGGACACGCCGUAUCUCACCUCAAUAUUCUCAAGAUGCUGAUAUCGUCGGACUCGUUGAUGAUGAGAGGAUCCUACUUGAACGACUACUGAUGAAUCACCAUGACCAACAACAAGGGUCUUGUAUCAUUAGCAUAGUUGGCAUUGGUGGUCUCGGCAAAACCACCCUUGCUCGGAAACUCUAUCGGAGAAUUGCCGCUAGCAAUCAUUUUCACAAGUGCAUUUGGCUAACAGUUUCUCAACAAAAUAGUUUAAUUGACCUUUUGAGGAAGAUGCUCAUACAACUUCUUGGCAUUACAGAGGAAGAUUUGAAGAACAAGGAAGAAAAAGAUUUAAUAGACAUGAUUAAUGACUCACUAAGAGCACAAAGGAUUCUCAUUGUGUUGGAUGAUAUUUGGCAAGAGGAUGUAUGUUUUCAGAUGCAAGGAAUUUUUCAGAAUGUGAACAAUGGCAGUAGGGUUUUGAUCACCACUCGGUUUGUUAAUGUUGCGAAGCGAGCAGAUCCGAGAAGCACUCCAUACCAACUUCAGUUGUUGAAUGAUGAUGAGAGCAUGGAGCUUCUUCUCAAGAAGGCCUUUCUUUCUGAAGAUGCUGAUCAGGCAAAUUGUUCCAGUGAAUUGCAGCAAUUGCUUGAUAUUGGCCGUUGUCUCAUGCUCAAAUGCGGUGGCCUACCUCUGGCUUUAGUUGUACUUGGAGGUUUCUUAUCAAUGAGGGACAAAACACCUGUUGAGUGGAGAAGAGUAUUGGAGACAAUGCAUUGGGAGGCACAAGGAAUUAGCACAUGUCAAGAAAUACUAGCAUUGAGCUAUGAAGAUCUUCCGCAUCAUAUGAAAUUAUGUUUUCUUUAUUUCAGUGCUUACCCUGAGGAUUCUGAGAUCUAUGGUAUUGAGUUAAUCAGAAAAUGGAUUGCAGAAGGCUUCAUACCACAAGAAAGAAGAAAGACCAAGGAGGAUACAGCGGAGGCUAUUUUAGAGGAGUUGAUUCAAAGGAGCUUGAUUCAUGCAAACACGAGGAAAAGCAAUGGGAGUGUGAAGACAUGUGGCAUUCAUGAUCUACUACUGGAUUUUGCAAGAUCUACUGCUAACAAAGACGGCUUCCUUAGAGUUUGCUCCAAUCAAAAUGAUCAACCAUUUCCUUCAACAAUGUGUCACCGUGUGGCAAUCCACAUCAUCAAAGAACCUUUGAACAAUGGCAUCAAUACAAGGCACGAUAAACUAAGGACUUUGAUGGAAUUCACUCCAGGGCCCUCUGUAAUAGAGUUUUAUCCGCCAAUAAUUUCUGCAAUGUUUAGAUUUCAGUUUUUAAGAGUGCUUGACUUGGCUGCGAUACAUCUCAACAAAAGAAUACAGACAGAGUUCAAGCUCAUGAUCCAUUUACGCUAUUUAAGACUGUUUGUUCUGGGUAGUGGUAUGUUUCCUGCAUCCAUAGGAGACCUUCAACUUUUAGAGACUAUAGAUAUAAAGGGUUUACGCAUGCCAAGCACACUAUGGAACAUAAAGACACUAAGACAUGUGAAAUGCCCAGAAUGCACACCACCGCAAAGCCUGAGGCUAGAAAAUCUCCUCACAUUUGAUUCUCUGACAUUCGGAUCCCAUGAAACAAUAAACUGGAGUUUUCCCAACCUUAGGAAGUUGAAAGUGGUGAUAUUUAAGCAACACCAAGGAGCAAUGCUAAACCAUCUACUCAGUGAACUAGGCCAACUUAUCAGCUUGCAUAUAGAGGCCCCGAACAGCUUGCACAGCAUUCCAGAGAUCAACACAACAAAGAAGGACUUUCCAUCUCACGACCGCCUUCUUUUAUUGAGUUUAGAUGGACGUUGGUCAAUGGCCGGGAACACCAUAUCUGAAUUUCCAGUUAAUCUGACUAAGAUUAAACUCCGGCUUUGUAGAUUGUAUGAAGACCCGAUGCCCAAAUUGGGGAUGUUACAACACCUUGUCACUCUCAAACUCAUUGAAAAUGUGUAUCUGGGGGAAACCAUGAUGUGCUCUGCAGGUGGAUUCCCUAGGUUGGAAAGUCUGUUCAUUAGCAGCCGGUUUCUUGACAACAAAAAAAUGCUUCUAGUGCAGCAGUGGGAGGCAAUGCCAAAUCUUGAGGAGUGGAGGAUAGAGAGAGGUGCAAUGCCCAAACUUACUUUCCUAUAUUUCACUUCAUGCAAGAAACUGAAAAUGCUUCCAGAUUUGCAACAUGCGACAAGCCUUCAGACAUUGGAGUUGUAUCACAUGUCCGAAGAGCUCAUGCUCAGGUCAGAGGAAGGAAGGGCGGAUUGGCACAAGAUUCAACAUGUGCCAAAACGAACCCUUUACACCGAAGUCAUGCCCUAACCAAUAUGGAGAAAGUAACUAAAGCAUCUAGACAAAUUGGGAAAAUAAGCACAACAUGUUAAGUAGCUUUUGAGUUUCAUCAGCUUCUAAUUCCAAAGCUCUUACACAGCCGAAUUGCCCUAUUUCUGGAUACCUGCUGCUUUCUGGUUGAUACAGUGAAGGCUCUGAUCAAGUCCUAACUCCAACAGCAUAUGCCAUAUACUAGCUUCUAAAUUAGGUGUCACACCAUCUCAGAUUCUCAGAGCUGUGGUACAAUUUCUCAUUGUAACUUUUAAGAUAGUGGCUUUAAUCCUUGGUUGUGGUUUGAUUAUUGGGAUCAAACCAAAUCUUGGUUUAUUUAAAUCUAUACUUGUUGGGUUUUGUGAGAGAAAGAUAGAGCAGAGUGCUAUUGUAUGUAGAGAGUGCAAAAAAUGUGACAAAGAAAGCUCUUAUUUUUACUUUUAUCUCAUUAAAGCAAGAUAAGUAGCUUGUUUUUGGUGUGACAUAAAGGUCUUAGAGCUUGGUAAUUUUUUUGUAGCUUUGUGUUUAUUUUUUGUACUCUUGUAAUCCCCCAACCUAAGAUACA